AUGGAGGCCAUCCAGCGUGCAUUACAGGACAAACCGGUGCAUCGCCGUCCUCUUCUCAUGUUUCUUGAGCAGUUGCCGCUUAAUUGUUCUGCAAGUCGUUUUACGGGACGAGCCAAUAUGUUUAAGAGAUGCGAGGAUCUGACUGCACCGGUUGUCGUGCCAUUGUAUCGGCGUGUGCUCGCGGCAAUGGCCUGGCAUUUAAAUAUUCCUGUGGUUCCAACACAACACUUUUUCAAGGGGAGAUAUACCUACUGUACUCUGUCCGACGGGGUUCACAUGGAUCCUCCAUGCAUGAUGAUGGCACAACAUCACAUUUGGAACACGUAUUUGCUGCUGCGUAGAGAAAAGGUGAUUCAGGGACUACCAACAGGGAGUGGGCAGCUGCCCAACGCCAUGCGUUUUGUGGAGGAGGAGGAGUAUGUGGAGUGGCUCCUCCAGAUGGAUGGUCUUGAUAUGGGGAGCACGAGGAGGCGCUAUCCGUUCCGUGGGUUUAGUGUGAUCAUCCUUCUUGUCCUCUUGCCUUGUUUUCUUAUGUGGGCUUACAUUUUUGGAAGAUGCGUGCUGUUAUUUCUGGAGAAGAGAUACCUUCUCAGGCGCCACACACGUUUGGAAGAUGAUAUGAAUGACAACAAUGAUACAUGCAGUGGCACAAAGUGA